AUGAUUUCCCCACCUUGCUUUUUUCCUGUUUUAGCCAUUGCCUUAGGGUUUAGGGUUUUUCACCCAUACUUAAGUUAUUUAGUAUACCAGGGAGCAUAUGGUGAAGUCUAUUUGGUAAAGUGGCGUGGCACUGAAGUUGCAGCCAAGACAAUUCGUUCCUCCAUUGCAUCAAAUCCUAAAGCAAAAAAUACCUUUAUGAAGGAACUGGCUUUGUGGCAAAGGUUGCGCCACCCUAAUAUAGUGCAGUUCCUUGGUGUUCUAAAGAGCAGUGAUCGAUUGAUCUUCCUCACUGAGUACCUUCGGAAUGGUAGUUUGUAUGAUAUAUUGAAAAAGAAAGGAAGACUUGAUCCACAAACAGCCAUUACCUAUGCUCUAGAUAUUGCAAGUUGGGCAAGAGUUGACAUGAAUUUUCAGGAAAGGACAAGAGUUUGGACUGUGAAUGGUAAUACUAGGAAAUUAUUGAUAAACUACACUGGUUUUGGAUUAUGUUAUCUUAUAGAAGGCAUGAAUUAUCUCCAUCAGCAUAAACCAAAUGCUAUAAUACACCGAGAUUUGACACCAAGGAAUGUUUUACAAGAUGAAGCGGGCCGCCUUAAGGUUACUGAUUUUGGUUUGAGCAAAAUUGCACAGGAAAAGGAUUCAUAUGGAUACAAAAUGACUGGGGGAACUGGUUCAUAUCGUUAUAUGGCACCUGAGGUUUACCGUCGAGAAUCCUAUGGGAAGAGCAUUGAUGUCUUCUCGUUUGCUUUAAUAGUGCACGAGAUCAAGCAUAUGUUCCAAGGAGGGCCAUCACAAAGGGGGGAAAGAGCUGAACAAGUUGCAGACAAAAGGGCAUACGAGGAUUCAAGGCCACCUCUCUCUUCAUACAUAUACCCUGAACCAAUCAAAACUCUUCUCAGAGAAUGCUGGCACAAGAAUCCAGAUUGUCGACCAACAUUUGAAGAGAUAAUAUUAAAGCUAGAGACAAUCCAAGGCUCCAAGCUUAUGCCCUCAUCCUCGCUUAGACAAAAUCUUCAAGCCAAUCUCUGUUCCUUUUGCCGCUCUAGUUUCAGUUUCACUUCACUCUCUUUGUCUGUUCGUUUAUAA